AUGGGUCCGCAAAAUAAUUUGUACUGCAAUCCCGUGAGUGCUCGCAAGGUUGAAGCAGCGCAAGCGGAGGUUAGAAGGAAAGCAAGCGGAUUCCAAAGGCAAAUGGAGGCAAGGGCAAGGGCACAAGCUGAUGUUGUGGAGACUCUGGAGACUCUGGAGGCCGAGGCUGUCGUGGAUGUCAUGGGGCAGUGGACGAAGAAAUGGGUCAGUGCGACAUUGAAGAGAUGGCUCGGUAGGAUGUUGAAGAGACGGCGUGAUGUGGUGAAGGAGGAAGGGGGGAGUACAGCUGGAGAAGGAUGCGCUCAGGAAGAUAUCUAA